CUAGAUGAUGUCCAGGCUGCUGUGCGCUUCAUCGAGCUUUUGAAGGCAGCUACGAUUGACAAUACCGAGCAUCACAAACUGUCUGAGAGAGCUCGCCAUCGGCUCAGAAACCCGAGCGAGGAACUGAUAGAUCUUGAAGCUGACCCAGGCCGGAAGGUAUCAUUCCAGUUUGCUAUUACCAACCCGACCGACGAAAACUACAAAUCGUACAUUAAGGCAAUGGAGAGCAUUGCGUUACCUGGGAUCCAGUUUCAGAGCAAGCACACCGUCGAAAAGGAUAUGGAGAGACUCACCGGGAUCGAGCCCAUCAUUGAACAUAUGUGCAUCAACAGUUGUAUAGGCUUCACCGGUCCUCACGCACAUUUGGAGAGCUGUCCGAAGUGCAAGGAGGAUCGAUACGAGCUGCGCAAGUCGGCGACAAGUCCCAAAAAGCCUAGAAAAACCUUUGUCACCCUCCCUCUUGCCGCAAUAAUACAAGCGUUUUGGCUUCACCCCGACAGCGCAACACGGAUGCAGUGGCGAGAUAGCAUUACAAAACGGCUUCAGGAGGAGUUUGACAACGCAGAUUUUUCGAAUCUCAACAUGUUCGACGACAUCUUGAAGGGUCGGGACUAUCUCAGAGAGUGCGAACCUGGUGGCGAUAUCAAACCGGGUACCACCCUUCUCAUGUUCUCAAUUGAUGGCGCCCAACUCUACGCAUCCAAACAGUCAGAUUGUUGGAUAUAUAUUUGGGUUCUCCUCGACCUGUCACCCGAAAACCGGUACAAAAAACAAUUCGUUGUUCCUGGUGCUAUUAUCCCUGGGCCUAACAAACCCAAAGAUCUCGAUUCAUUUCUAUUCCCAGGUUUAUACCAUAUUGCUGCUGUCCAGAACGAGGGCCUGGUCAUAUUUGACGGUGCUCAGCAGUGUCGCCGGACAACAGAUCUAUUCAUUUUCAUUGUCACUGCCGAUGGGCCAGGCAUGGCAUUUCUGACGGGCCUUGUCGGACAUCACGGCAAGUUUGCAUGUCGUCUCUACUGUGGAUUUCCAGGCCGGCGGUAUGCACAAAAACCCCACUACUACCCCGUAAUGAAAAAGCCACGCAAUUACAAUGUCUCCGGCUGCCUUGGUCCUGACAAGACGGCUGACACUCUGCCGUCGGCUGGUAGUGGGGAUUACGAUCAAAACCUCGCCCGAAUUCUUGCAUGUAGGACAUUAGCCGAAUAUGCAAGAGCACGCCUCGAAACUGGUAUUGUCAAGCCCACACUGUUCUCCGGGCUGCGCUGCACGAAGAUCCCUCACCUGUUCGGUUCUGAUAUCAUGCACCUUGCUGCCAUUAAUAUCCCCGACCUCCUCAUACCUCUUUGGCGUGCUAAGUUUACUACUGAGGGUAGCGACAAGACAUCGCUCUGGGAUUGGGCCUUUCUCAAGGACAAAGCUACCUGGGAAGAGCUUGGCCGUCUUGUUGAGCUGGUUGCAACCCACUUGCCUGGCUCGUUUGAUCGCCCACCUCGGAAUGUGGCCAAGAAGAUUCAUACAGGAUACAAGGCAUGGGAGUUUUUGCUGUUAAUGCACGGUAUGAUGCCUGCACUGAUGAUGAAUAUUUUACCGGAGCCCUAUUACACACACUACUGCCGACUUGUUCGCGGGAUACGAAUCCUCUCACAGCACUCAAUCUCCCUUGGGCAGAUCGAGAUUGCCCGAAAUGACCUGAACGAUUUUGCCGAUGGCUUCGAGGACUUGUAUGUCGAUGGCCGAAAUGAUCGUAUUCAUUUUGUACGGCCCUGGAUUCACGCACUCACCCACCUUGCACGCGAGACAGUUCGCAAAGGGCCACCUAUUUGCAGCUCUCAGUGGACAAUGGAGCGUAUGAUUGGAGAUCUUGGUGGCGACAUUCGUUCGCAUGUCAACCCGUUUGCCAAUCUCGCAAACAUUGCACUGCGCCGAGCGCGUGUCAAUGCUAUGAAGUCAAUCUGCCCCACUCUUGACCCGCGCCAGCUGAAACUUCCAAGCGGUGCAGUUGACCUUGAAAAUGGCUACUUCCUUCUCCCCCGAAAGGACCGCUACUUGUGUGAUCUUACUCCCCCUGACGCCGAAGCUCACGCGGCCUUUCUCCGCACAUACGGACUGCUUGUCCGUGGUAUUCCUGCAAUACAACGCCGAGCACGCCUCCUUCUACCCAAUCGACAAGUUGCAUGCUCGCUGUGGAAAGAAGGGGCUAUGCAGGGCAGUGUAAGGAUGUCUCGUCACGUAAAACUCAUACUUCCUGGACACAGUGAUCCUUUGUUUGCCGAGGUUCGGUAUUACUAUUCCCUCAAACUGAGGGGAGUUGAUACCGCGGUUGCAAUGGUCUCUAUUUUUGACCCCCCUGACCCACAUUUCCGACAGCGCUCACUUGACCAAGUGCUCGCAUGCAAAUACCGUGGAGAUGAGACCCUCCAGGUAAUUGACAUCACUGCAAUCAAGUCCGUUGUUGCAAUGGUGCCACACAAUUUCCCUGGAUGUGAGCCCGAUGACAAACUGCACUAUGUCAUUGAGAAACCAGGUUUAGAUGUUGCAGUGUUUGGGCAAAUUGAGGAGGGUAUUAACGAG